CUACGAGUAUAUUAAAAUCACAAAUAGAUUCGGUAUAAACAUUCUCAAAAACAUAUCUUCGCUUACAGAAGGAUUAGGACGGUCGUUGCAGAUAUGAAACGUGUAGGAUACUGGAUAGAUGUAAAGAGAAACGAAGUACCCAAUUUAGAAGAUCAAAAAGAAACAUUCAGAAAUGCUGGUAUAGAACUUGUAAGAUUAGAUAUUGACCAGCCUUUAACAGAACAGGGACCAUUUGAUUUGAUUCUACACAAAUGCAAUGGAUUGUUAGUUGCAGCAGACGAUGAUAAUUCCACUGCUGUGCGUCAAAUUAACAAUAUAAAGGAUUACAUCAGGGAUAAUCCUUCUUGUAUAUUAGUAGACAAAUUUGAGCAUAUACAACGCCUGUUAAAUCGACAUUACCAGUAUCAGUUGGUACACGACCCUUUGUUAAAUUCUGGUUAUAAUGUGUUUGUUCCUUCCUUUGUAAAUUUGACUACAGCUGACAAAGAUAGCAACAUGUUAGUACAGAAAUUAAAGGAAGCCAAUGUGAACUAUCCUUUUGUCUGCAAACCUAUUGUUGCUCAAGGGAAUAACGAUUCACACUCGAUGUCAAUUAUAUUUGACGAAAGCGGUUUAAAAGAUAUUAAGACUCCUUGUGUUGCUCAGUCUUUCAUAAACCAUAAUUCAGUUUUGUAUAAAGUUUAUGUUGUUGGUAGUGAGCAGUUCAUAGUUGAAAAGCCAUCGGUCAAAAAUUUAUCACCGAACGGUCAAGAUACAAUUAUAUUUGAUGCGUCAAAGCUAACCCGUUCAAAUUCUCUGACUGAUUAUGUUGAAAAUGAUCUCAGUAAAACUCGAGGUACUCCAGAGGAUGUCACAAUUAAAGAAAUAUGUCGGAUAAUACAGCGACAGAUUAAAAUGGAUUUAUUUGGUUUCGAUGUCAUAGUUGAUUGUGAGAAUGGAAGACAUGCUGUGAUAGAUAUAAAUGCUUUUCCAGGAUAUGAAAGUGUUGACAGCUUUGGAGAAGUAUUAUGCAAUCAUCUCAUGAAUUUGAUGUCCUGUGUUGAAAGCGUAUCAGGUGAUGCGAUACAAUAUUCUGAUGCUGAAAAGGCAGGACAAAACGAACCAAACACAUUACAACUUUGUAACGAGCAUUGAAAGGUGCAUAAAUGUCAGAGAGUAUAACGAAGGAUCACAGAACAAUUUGGUUUUACUACAGUAUAAUGACAUCAGAUACUGAAAAGCAUGACGAAACACUGUGGGAAAAGCCAAAUCAGUAGUAUUGUACUAAUUGGACAAAACAUGUAUUUAAUAUAUAUGAAUUUAGAAUGAAUUUAGAAUUUACAUUUUGUUUUUCAUGAUAAGAAAUUCAAAGUAAUUAUUACACAUAGUCUUUUGAAGUUCUUGUGUUGAUUUAAAAUUUCUUUUUAAAACUUUAUCGUUAUUGAUAUAAACAAGUUCAAAAUCUAUUAGUUAUAUGUAUAGAUUAUAUUUUUUGUUUAUCAUUUUUUUUAGAGGCAGAAUAUAUAAGAUAAUUGAACUUG